AUGCAUAUUCGGGAUGCCAACUUUAAUUCUACGACCCACUUUGAUACUUGGUGGAAACACGUCACCCGUGAUUGGUUUACAUCGGUUGCUGACAUUAUUUUUGCCAAGCUUUUUCAGAAAUGGCCGUUGAAAAUUAAGGAUGCUACAACCUACAACUCAAUGAGCGAAACAUGUAACGAGGCCAAAGAGAUUAGUUUCGCUUCACCAGCAUUACCAAAGAAAAUAUUGCUCAUCAAGCGAAACCAUUCAACCAUCACUGGGGAUUCAUUAGGUCAUGGUCAGGCUGCUGCUACGGCGAAGCCUAAAUCUCUUGUCAUUCCUAGUCGAAAAACUAGCAUGAUGUAUGAGUCAAGUAGUGAUGAAAAUGAUGAUGAAAUAGCAAACGAUUUACGGCUCAAGAAAGCUCCAAUAAAACGGCCCAAGAGAGAUCCCGUCAUUGAGGAUCUACCUAACCUUUCCUAA